GCCCUGCCCGGCCGCGUCCGGAGAGCCGCCGAGCCCGGCCCAGCCACCGCCGCCGCCUCCCCGAGCAGUGCGCCCGGCCCUGCCGAGGCCGCCGACACCAAGUCCUAUUUGUGGGCCAGGUACCACGAGAUGAAGAAGCUGGUCUACGAUCUCCUUCCACCAGGGGUCUGCAAUCUCCUUAACCCUGCAGCUAUCUAUGCAAAUAAUGAAAUCAGCCUGGGAGAUGUUGAGAUCUAUGGCUUCGAUUAUGAUUAUACAUUAGCACAAUAUUCUAAUUUAUUACACUCAAUGAUUUUCAACACUGCCAGAGACAUCUUAAUUGAACAGUACAAGUAUCCAGAAGGGCUUGGGAAAUAUGACUACAUUCCAGGAUUUGCCAUACGGGGACUUCACUAUGAUGUGAAAAAGAGCCUUCUGAUGAAGAUUGAUGCUUUCCACUAUGUCCAGUUGGGCACUGCAUAUAGGGGGUUAAGACCUGUGCCUGAUGAAGAGGUUAUUGAGUUGUAUGGGGGUACACAGCACAUCCCUCUGUACCAGAUGAGUGACUUCUAUGGCAAGGGUCCUUCAUUGAAACAAUUCAUGGACAUCUUCUCUCUUCCUGAAAUGACGCUGUUAUCCUCUGUUAUCGAUUAUUUCCUAGCUCAUGGCAUUGAGUUUGACCAGAUUCAUCUUUACAAGGAUAUAUCUGAUGCCAUUAAAGAUGUGCAUGUAAAAGGAAUGAUGUACCAGUGGAUUGAGAAAGAUAUGGAAAAGUACAUUCUCCAUGGAGAUGAAACUUAUGCUGUACUAAACCGACUGGUUAAUCAUAACAAGAAGCUUUUCCUCAUCACAAACAGCCCAUUUAGCUUUGUAGAUAAAGGAAUGAAACACAUGGUCGGCAAGAAUUGGCGGGACCUCUUUGACAUGGUCAUUGUGCAAGCUGAUAAACCCAACUUCUUCACUGAUAGACGCAAACCAUUCAGAAAACUGGAUGACAAAGGCUCACUGCAGUGGGACAAAAUAAGCCAACUAGAAAAAGGGAAGAUCUACAAAGAGGGAAAUUUAUUUGACUUUCUGAGGCUAACAGGCUGGCGUGGAUCCAAAGUGCUUUAUUUUGGUGACCAUCUGUACAGUGAUCUUGCAGAUCUCAUGCUGCGUCAUGGCUGGAGGACUGGCGCAAUUGUACCAGAACUGGAAACUGAAAUCCGGAUAAUUAAUACAGAGCAGUACAUGCACUCGCUGACCUGGCAGCAGGCACUUACUGGGCUGCUAGAGAGAAUGCAGAUGCAUCAAGAUGCAGAAUCAAAGCAGGUGUUGCUAGAAUGGAUGCAAGAGCGGCAGGAGAUUAGGUCACUUACAAAGAACCUAUUCAAUCCUCAGUUUGGGAGCAUAUUCCGAACUUUCCACAACCCAACCUACUUCUCUCGAAGGCUGGUCCGGUUCUCAGAUAUCUACAUGGCAUCCAUCAGCUGCCUGCUGAAUUAUGAUGUGAACUUCACCUUUUACCCCCGGCGUACCCCUCUGCAGCACGAGGCUCCACUCUGGAUGGAUCAGCUCUGCACAGGCUGUAUGAAAACCCCCUUUCUAGAGGAGAUGGUGCAUAUUCGAUGAAGAGGAAUAUAUUCUGGCUAGAAUUUACAACAGCAUUAUGCUAUAGUUUGUUCAAAGGGUCAGGCUGUGUGACUACAGAGUGUCUCACUGACUGCUAUAAUAGGUGAUAUAAAGUUCAUGUAUGUUUGUGUGUGUUGUCCCUAAUCCUCACUGUACCUUCACUUCCAGUGCUUCAGAUAUCUACCUGGGUAACAGAUAUUUGGUGCUUGAAUUUAACUACUUUGUAACUGGCAAAGCAUUCUCAAAAUUCUUCUAAAUAGAAGUGAAACACAUUUCUGACCAUGGGAAGGUUUAUAUUUGCCUUCAUAACUAUGUAAACUGUAAUGGUUCAUCUUAACUAGAAUUGGCCUGAUUCUCAGUGGCAUGUUUGAGAAGUUUAUUCAGCAAUUCUGCAAGCUGAGUAACUUCUAAUUGGGCACCUAAAUAGUGAUUUUGGUCUCUAACUUUUUUAGGCCACCUGACACACUGGCCAACUUUUUCCACAUUUUGUAGAAACAGUACAGAGUGAGCAGUGAAGAACAGCACAUAAGACUGUUACGUACACUGCUUAAAUUUGAUAUAAAGAUCAUGUAUUUGUUCACUUUUUUAAUCAACAAUUUCACUUAAUCUAGAUAGACAUGCCUUGUAACAGGAGAGUUCAAAAUGGACUUGAAGUUGAAUUAGUUACUUAUAACAUAAUUUAAUAUUUUGGUCAUCUCCUAGUAUCCUAUAUAUAUUUGAAGUGUGUGCACAAACAAUUCCAGUUUAACUAGAGAAAUCUAUUAAAGCAGAAAUUAGUGUCACACAGGCUUUAUUAUACAACACAGAUGUAGACUCUUUAAUAAACUAAUGUUUUAUGCUUGUAAUGUACUAACUGGGCCUUAUUUUGGUUUCAUUGGCCAAGUACAUAAUAGAAAUAACUUUACCAAAGCUUUACCAGUAUAAAACUGUAUGUGGAAUCAGAAUCUGAUCCAAUGUUGUUCUUGGUUUAUUUGUAGAUUUGUUUUGAAGAGAUUAUUCUAAUUCAGGAGUGGGGAAAGACGGGAGCAGAAAACAAUGCAUAAUUUGUGAUCAGCACAGUAUUAGGUUGGCUGAUCUCAGAUAUUUUUAAAAUAAGCUUUUCUUUUUCUUUUUGGAAGAUAAGAACAUUGAUAUUGACAGUUGUUCAGCUGAUGUGGGGUACUUUGUGCCAAACUUUUCUACUAGGUACAUUGGACAAUGAUAUCUACCACACAAAGAACAACCACUAUGCUGCUGCCUUAAGAUGAAAUACUUCGUGUGCCCUCCCCAACCAAGCUAGUGGAGUUCUGGCAGAGAGGGAGCCGUUGGUGGCUCCACUAGAAGUCUAAUGAGCAACUUCUUGGAGCAGGUCAAGAUUUCUUCCUUCCUUAAAAAUGGUGGACUGCACUGUCACUCUGGGAGGAAACAGGUUUCUUCUUUUAAGAGCUGAUACAGGGUAGGGGACACAGCAGUGUUCUUUUGUAGUUGGUUGCAUUAAAAAUAUAAACCAAGAUUAGCAGGCAGACAGACCAGCACUACAUGGGUCCCUAGUGCCCAGCUCCCAGCCCUGGAGCAGGAUUGUGUUAGGCUGAGCAGUUCACCUACCCCACAUUUCCGCCAUUUUAAGGAAAAAAUAUAAAAAGAUUCUGCAUGGCUUCACUAGUAUUAAGUUGACGGCGAGACUACACCAGCAGUCAGUAAGUGCUAACAAACAUGCAACUCCUACUACUGAUCGGGUGAAAACUUUAAAUAUGCAUUUAUGGGAGAAUGCUGAAUAAGUCAGCCCUAUAAAUGACCCCGUGGAUUAAAGAAAGCUAGUGUGUUUAUUAUGGUAUGAUUUAGUUUUAUUGUCUGUGUACUGUAUUAUUUUUGUAGAACUUAGUGAAAGGUCAAGCUGUCAUUACAGCAUCAUGGUAGAUCUAUUGAACCUAUAGCAAUUAAGUGCAUUUUGUUGGGGCCAAUCAUGCACUUAAGACGGUGUUUAUUCCUAGAUUUGUAAAACUGCAUAUUUCAAUGAACAAAAUAUCUGUGACUGUCAUUUGAAAUAAUGGCAUCUUUCAUCCUAAAAAAAAUACCUUUUUUUUUCAUUAUAACAUAUAAAAUGGACAGCCGGAGAACAUUAGAAUAUAAGCAAAACAAUGUGGAAAGUGAGCCUUGUUGCAUUUCAAGUUACUUCUAGACUGAAUAUAGAGAAUUUUUAGAGCACUCUUGCUUAUUAAUUAUGAAUGGAUAAGGAUGGAAGCUGCCUUCAUGUGCAAUUAUGGAAGAACUACUAAUUAAGUUUUGUAUAGGGGGGGAGUUUUGUGUGCCAACUACACAUUCCCUCAAAACCAUAAAUAUUAAGCUAAGCAAGACCUUUCAGUAGGAUUACUCCAAUGCCAUAAAACAAUGGUGGUACAGCAGCUAGGAGUACAGUGCCUAAAAUAUAAUAAUUUGAAUAUUUCUGAUAAUGGAUAGAAACCAUUAUUCUUAGUAACAUCUGUAGAGAGCAUUAGUAUAUGAACAGGGCAUUUUUUUUUCUAGUGAAUGUGUUGGAUGGUUUCCUUUUUUAUUUUACUUAUUUUUUUUAUUUGUAGUACUCUAGUCUAGAGGUCAGCAACAUGGCCCUCAGGCCAGAUUCAGCCUCUGGAGUCAUUUGGAUCCAGCCUCUGGAGCUGGGGGGCUUCUGCAGUGUUUUGGCAGAAGGGAGCUUUGCCUGCACUGCAGCCAGGCAAUGGGGAGGAGCGGCAGUGGUCAGGUCAAAAGUACUGGCCCAUCUCAGACCUAAGGUGGCCUGUUUCAACCAGAUGCUCAAAAAUUUUGCCAACUGCUGCUGUAGUAGGAAGGAAAAAAUAGCUUUAUACAAGCUGCUUUAGAACUCGGUAACUUGCUGGACAGUUGUAUAUCCACUUAAAUGCUACUGGUAUUUUACUGUAAUACCAUAGUAUAAGAUAUAGUUUGUUGGUCUUACAAUAAAAUACUGCUGUGUGCCAUAUUUUAUUUUUUUUCUUAAUCUAGUUGGAUUGUAGCUGGUACUCCUGGAAGUCUGCUUCUGUUAUAGCAUAUUUGAAUAUAAAUUAACUUCCCAAAUCAGUAUUUCAAAGUGGCUCCCACUGAGUCAUUGAAGCAACUUCUACCAUUCAACAACUGUCAUGCUAUAGGUGCCUUUGCUAAAACUACACAGUUGUCUUCAAGAGAUGCUGUCUCAAUCUCGGGAUGUAGUUUGGUCUUAAAAUAAGAAACCCAAGUGCAUAUAUGCUGUUACACAAAAACCUAAUUCAGGAAAUGCUGCCACUCUGCCUCCUUUCCUAUCUUAAUGACAUUCCGGAAACAUUAUGUAGCAAUUACUGUUGUGUGUUCUGUGAAUCAUUGGAGAAAUGGAAUGAUGUUACCUAAACAGUUUGUUUAUAAUUUGUCUAGUUCAUUGUAGCAAGCAAUUUUAUUAAUGUUAGUCAGGAUGUAAAUAAAAGCAUCACAGUAUGGGA